AAAAAAAAAAACAAUGAAUGUCACUAUUUGCCAUAUAUCAAUCAGCUGUUUGGAAAUGCCACAUCAACCGACAUGCUCUUCCAUACUCAAGAUUUUUGCGUUUAAUCUGAACAUUUUGCUUCGCUUCGGUGUCAAGUCGACUCGCUGGAGGUCUUGGAGAUAGAUCACCGUGUGUUUCAAAAGAAGGUGCAGUCUCUCCAAUUCAAGAUCUGGGCUAAAACCAAAAUCCAACCAUUUAGAGGAGACAAUCCUGAGGGCAGAAGAGCAAGGGGGCAUCCACAAAGUUCAUGGCUGGAGCAAGUUGAUUGACCCUGCUGUUUGAAAUAGGAAGGAUAACUGCAUGGGGAUGUGCUUAGUGAUGUCACCUUAAGUGGUGGUAGGCCGCCUCCCCACGAGCUGCAGGUGAUGGGCGCCGCCGCUCACCUCACGAUACUCUACGCCACCUGCCGGUGGCCACCCUUCAAAGGACCUCAGCCUACAUUAACCCGUGGAGGAAGAGUCGCCAUUAGGACACCUGGCCGUAGGACCGAAAAACGCAUGGGGAACAGCCUGCACAAAUUUCAACAAAUUUGUUACAAUUAUUGAUCUAGUCAAGAUUGCCUAGUCAGUGACCAAAAUGAACAGAAGAGGAAGUAAGGAGGAGGAUUCAGGCUCAGAUUGGGACAGCAUGUCAGAAAUUGGUCCACCACCCGCAGCCAAACAGAAGCAGCAUUCCUCUGCCUCUCCUCCUGAAAAUGCACCAGCAACAAUUCAAGCCAAAGACAGGUUUGUCCCACAUAUCGACUCUCCAUUGGACAUCAAGGCACCAAAGGAUAACCCACCAUAUGACUUCAAGACAGAAGUCAAGAGUCCUCUCCAUGUCUCAGAGCAGUUGCCUAAACCAGGGAAGCAGAGGAAGGGCAGAACCUAUGAUCCUACGUCAGGGACUCAGAAACACGUCACCUUUGCUGGAGAUCAGGAUGGUGGGCACGGACAAAGAACGGGAGUUGGAGGUCCUCCAAAUCCAGACAGUGACUCAGAAGACCCUCUCUACUCAACUGUGAAACCUAAGAACCGAAUUAAGGGGAACAGUCAGCAGAUGGUAAUAGCUGAAGUUGAGAAAAAUGAAAUGGUAAAGAAAUCAAAGAAGGCAGCUAAAAAUGCUCCAAAAUUUUCACAGAAGCCAUUGGAAGGCAUUGACAAUCAAGGAUUUGUGGAAGAUAAAGUUUUGCAUUCAGAGUCACCUACUUUGUUCAGUGAUGUCCCCAGAGGCACCCAGACCAGCAUUCCACAGAUCUCUCUCAAGACUCCGUUACCAUUACCCAGAUUAUCUGAGAAUGCACAUGGAGUUGAAAUGGCACCACAGGGUCAUGACUCCUCCUUGAUGGGCAAUAAUGUAUCUGUUGCCAAAGAAUGCCCUCCACCACUGAUACUGACGUCUGGGGAAACAUUAUUGGAGUCUGCUGGGAAGAGGCCAGUGGAGGCAGUCAACAGGGCCUUAGGAGAAAGUUUUGCCCUCAUCACCCUGCCUUUGACUUGUGUCAUCUUAUUUCUUCACCAUCUUUUAAGAUUCAUUCUUCAAGGUCUGGUUCGACCCAUUUUUGUGGACUCCCUGAGAUUGAUUAUUGAAUACCUUGUCCAGCCCUUCAUAACAGGGGUAUUGAAGCCCCUCUUGGUCACUGUGCAUGCUGCAUCAGUGAACCUCAGUGAUGCCAUGCUAGUGUGUGUGCGACCCCUGACAAGUGUGUUGCAGUCAAUAAGGCCAGCAGUCCCACACAGGGUGGCCCAGACAAAGCACCUCACACUCAUGCAUUCAUCAUUCACACCUUUAGUCCUGUCAGCCCCUGGUGGAAAGGGCUAGUCUUGUGGAUCAUCCUAUUACGCCCCAGGAUCUUAGGCAUAGCACAGCUGGCCACAUACUUCCACAGCAAGUUUACCAUAUCCUCAAAGGACUUUUCAUUUUUGCCAUGUAACACCUUCCCCUUCUCACUUGAUCUAUUCCUUACAUAAUGUUAUUUUUCACACCGAAAUUAGGACUUCCUCUCCUGAUGUACCCUGUUAUUCUUUUCUCGACAAUAUUUGUGUUAUUUGUAUACAUUCCUAGUGAUAUUCAUUCUAUCUCUGAGAGCUGCUUCAUACUCAUUCUGCAGUUCACUUCAUACAUAUGCUUUUCCAUUCCAUUUAUAUAAUCUUGUGCAUUUAUUUACUAUUUUGCUUUACCAUUCUUCUAAGAUGUAAAACUGUUUAAGGAAAUGUCUCUAAUACUUUGAUUUCUUCUUUAUGAUCUUAUUUAAGCUUCUACUCAAAAAGGUUUGUCUUGUGGACAUUGCUCUUUGUGUUUUUAUCAGCAUUUUCCAUAUUUCAUAAGAUUAAGAUAUUUUUUCUCUUACAUCACCUUACCAUGGCACUUUAUAUUAAUCUGAAGUGUAUCCUUUUCAGAGAUACAACAUUUCAGAUGUUGUUUCCCAGUAUGUGGUCUAAUUCAUAUAGUUAAAGAAAAUAAUGAGGUGAGUGACUGAAAUGUGUCACUCCAACUCAUUUUUCUACAUUCUAUUUGAAUGCAUGGAGUACUUUAGUGAUUAACAAAACCUUAAAAUUGCUGCUAUUUGGCUUUAUCUUUUUGUUUGUUCUUUUAUGAGUCCAUUUAUAGAUGUAUAUAGUGUUUAGUUCCUUAUGAGCCAUUUCAUCUUUAGUGUCCAUUUGAAAUUAUUAACAGACAAUAAGUGGCAUGGCUGAUACUAGUGCAUUCAACAUUAGUGUCUGUACAUUGAUAAACUGUUUGCAACAAGCAUAAUGAUUCAGGAGUAUUUUUCCUGUGAAAGCUUUGGGUCAACUGAUAAAGAACAUUUAAAAGUAGUACUUACACAUGUACCUAUACUUAACUUUUUUGGAGGUAAUUUGUUUUCUCAUACAUUUGAUAAUGUAUCCUUGACUGAAUAUUUAUGAUGAUUGCCAGAAGUGUGUGUGUGUGUGUGUGUGUGUGUGUGUGUGUGUGUGUGUGUGUGUGUGUGUGUGUUUAUGUUGUGUUUAUGGCAUUUGCAUAGCUGGGCGUUAUCACGAUAAUUUCUAACAAUAACAACAUUGGGUUAUCAGUUAUCCAAUGAUUAUUUUUUUCUGUAUUAUCAAUUCAUCAGUAUCACUGAUACUUUUGGUUCCAAACUAGGAAUAAUCAUUAAUUUGAAGUUUUAAACUUUCAAAAUCAAAUUAAAUUAUUUUACUAAAAACUGUACUUUUCAUUUGUGAAGAGACAGGAUAAACAUUGAAUUUGAAGCCUUUUUUGUAAGAUUUUUCUAAGUUUUCAAAGAUAAAGAUUAAAAUAAAGAUUUGGAUUUAUAAAUUUUUUUAUUCAAAAUGUCAAUAUCAUUAUUGCUAGUAUCAGAAUUUUGGAUGUGUCAGUUUAUCAGCUAUUGGGUGAUAAAUUUAUGAUCAUUUAUCAGUUAUCAGUCAUCACUGAUAAAGUUAUACUUAUCAAUUUAUUAGUUAUCAUGAUAAAUUUUUAUUGUUAUUGUGCCCAGCUGUGGAUAUUUGCAUGUAUCUAAGACAGAGUUAAUCUUUAGUACAAAACUUACUUAUUAGUUUUUUCAUAGAUUUUGUAGAUUAUUGUAAUGUGAUCUUGUUAUUUAAAGUUCCUUGUUUGUGUUCAUGAAAUACAAAUGAUGAUUUGAGCUGAUAUGAAGUUGUGAUCCAAACUUCAAAUUUAAUCUUGUAAAAAGCUUACAGUUAUCUCCCAGACCAAACUCCAUGUCAUUCCAAAGUCUAGACAUCCAUAUCUCCCAGGUUUCUCACUAUCUGUCAAGUGAUGAUGGACAAGUUCCUUGAUAUCCACAAGGAAACCAAAGACAAUAUUGAUUUUUGGUUAAUGAAAAUGUCUAUAUAAGGGAUGAGCACAUCAUUUGGUAAUGAUAAAGCACCACUGAGUUGAAAUGAAUUAUCUAAUCACUAGCAGUUAAUUAAGUUUAAUGUGAAGUGCAGUCAGUCCUUGCAAUAUUGUUAGGCUUGUGUAGUGUAAAGCGAUGAAUUAUAUUUUCCAGAAACAUUAUAUUUUUAGCUACAGUAGUGUAAAUGUCACAUUUGGAGUUCAGUGUGUUUCACUUUCUGUAUUAUAUAUGAACUUGUUCUUAUACUGAAAGAUUUUCAUGUAUGAGUAUUUGAAAUAAAUUAAGAAAUGAAGUACCACUUAUUUAACCAUUAACAAAGAGUCAAUUUUCCUUUGUUUUCAGUCACUGAACACCAGAAAAUAUGUACAAUGAUAUUUUAGUGUAUUGUUAUGACAAAGAUUUAUGCACACACACACACACACACACACACUUUUUUUUAUUUUUUUUUUUUUUUUGAAUAGAGAGCAUUUGUAAAUGUGUCAGGAAUGACAUGGACCUCCGACAAUAUCAAGGGUCUCACACAGGUGUGGAACAACCAUAUGUGGUUGUAGGGGAGAGUACUUGUUAUGAAGGAGCCUUGUUCUAGACCAAACUUUCCAAGCUGUGCAAAUGAUCUCUGUAAAGUGAGGAUAGAAGUACUUCUCUUCUCAGUUUGUUGGCCAAGUGGCUACAGGAUUGAUGUGAAUGAGUGUAAAUGUGAAAGUUGAGUGCCUUGUCUUGGCUACCCCUCUUUUUUGGGGGAUACAGCCUUGGUAUAUGUAUGUAUGUAUUCUUAUUAAUGUUUUAGCAUUUUCAACUAGAUUAAGAGUACCUAAAUGAGUGGCUUGCACCUUAUCCCUUAUGUCUUUUUAGAUUAACCUAGUGGUGCUGUGCCUUCCACAACUAACACUAUUUAAAUCCACCUCACUUGAGAAUGAUAACUGAUGCAUUCAUAUUAAACAAUAGGAGAACAGAACAGAUGCAUUGUAAAGUGGCUUGUCAGAGUGAGGAGUGACUGUGUUAGAGCUGGAUGUGGAGAUGUGUACAGUAUUAGUGUGGUAGCAUGACAGAGGAAGGAUGCUGAAGUGGUCAAAUUAUUCUGCCACAGAUAGCUGAGAAUAAAAUUUUAUGAGAAUAAGGAAAAUAUGUUCAUGUCACACCACCAAAUUGACUUUCACCUUAUUGUGUCUUAAGAAGACAAGUUGUAACUGAGCAUUUUUGUGUAUGUCAUCAGCAUCCAGGUGGUUAUUCUAUUCACAUACUAUAUAAUCAUAAUCAUACAUCCCUAUACAUUAUGCAUUGUACUGGUGCUAGGUCUUCUUGCAAAUUCCUUAAGCUGUAUUGAAGCAUAGAUCACAGCCAUCCUUGAAACAUGCACAGUUACAAAAUUAACAAUAAGUAUGUGAUAAUAUCAUAUAAACCUAUUUAUAUUGUUGUAAUUGCUUAACUACUGUGUUACUACUGCUGCUCACAUAUCCUCAUUUAAGUAAAUGCUUGAAAGUUAAGAAAACUAUUCAUAUAUUUUAAAGUUAUAUUUUAUCCUUCAUACUACAUAAAAGAGCACAUUGUUGUUAUUGUGUUGUCCAUGAGGAUGGCAUUCUGAUUAUUAUUAUUAGUAGUUUGCAUUUGAUUAUUAGUCCUGACUCCAGCUGCUGUUUCAUUAAGCUUGUAGUGACUCGGGUGUUGGUGAGCUUACUGUCGCUUGUAGGUACGCUUUGACACCACGCCA